ACCUAUACAUAUAUAUAUAUAUAAUAUUUAAGUGAGUAUUGUUUGGUGACUUGUCUGACUCUGAAGUAACAGUCGAGUAAUUGUUGUGAGGUUUCAGACUCGCGGUUCUUGUUUGCUGUUUGACGUGCUGUGCUUAUUGUAAGACCUGACCACUCACCAAGACAUUGGGAGAAAUUUUCAAGGAUUAUAAUUGUAAAUAUCAAUAAAAAUAACAAAGUUAAUUUGUUAUAUUAAAAAAUAGUGACAAUAAAGUUGUAAAAUAGAGGUGACUAGUAUACAAAAUUGAAAACUAUAACAAAAAAAUAUAGUGAUAAUUAUUGUAAUUAGUGUGAUAAAAAUCCUCGGAGUAAUGGAUUGACAUCGCUUUAACCAAUGAUGAAGGCAAAUGGUACCAAUAAUGGUUGUAGCCGUUUGAGUACACCAUUAGCAGCUACAACCACACUGGAGGACCCAGGAACACCAGCUUCGUGGAAGGGCCCGCCAGCAGGCUCUGAGGCGUCCCCCUACACUCCGAACUCGGUAAAUCAGAGCGGUCCAAGCUACAACACUUCGGGCCCCGGAGGAAACCCUGGAGGAUUUCAGGGUCCGAGUCCUUUCCCCGGUGGCGCUGGCAGCCCUGCCGGUGGGCCUGGGUACCAAGGCCCUCCACCAGGUUCCGGAACUCCUCAGUACACGGCCUCACCAGCACCAAGUGGCUCUUCCACGCCGGGGCCUGGUCCGCAGUCGAACCCGGGAUUUCCUCCACCACAAAACAACUCUGGGCCUUACAAUGGACCUGGACCCAGUCCGUUCGGCUCGCCUUCGGGUCCACCUCAAUUCGUCGGGAGACCUGGCUCUUCUGGGCCUCCGUUUGUUCCGCCAGGAGGUAACCCUCACUUUCCUUCACCUGGACAGUUCUCGGGACCGCAGUACGGAAUGCCACCUGGGAGCCCUUUUGGGCCAGGACAUCCCAUGGGACCUAUGGGACCUGGACACCCGAUGAUGGGCCCAGGUGGUCCUGUCGAUCGUAUGGAUCAAGGGUAA